GACGGCUCUGGCUCCGUCCUGAGAAUCCAGCCCUUGCGCACUCCUCGGGAUGAAGCCAUUUACGAAUGCGUGGCCUCUAACAGUGUUGGAGAGAUUAGCGCCACAACGCGCCUCACCGUCUUACGUGAGGACCAGCUUCCUUCAGGAUUCCCCACUAUAGACAUGGGUCCUCAGCUGAAGGUUGUGGAGCGAACGCGCACCGCCACCAUGCUGUGUGCCGCGAGCGGGAACCCUGACCCUGACAUCUCCUGGUUUAAAGAUUUCCUCCCUGUUAACACCAGCAACAACAAUGGCAGAAUCAAACAGCUCCGAUCAGAGUCCUUUGGUGGUACUCCAAUACGAGGAGCACUGCAGAUCGAACAGAGCGAGGAGUCUGACCAAGGAAAGUACGAGUGUGUCGCGACUAAUAAUGACGGCACCCGCUACUCAGCUCCUGCAAACUUAUAUGUUCGAGAGCUGCGAGAAGUUCGCCGGGUUCCACCACGUUUCUCGAUACCGCCCACGGAUAGCGAGAUCAUGCCAGGGGGCAGUGUGAACAUCACCUGUGUGGCAGUGGGCUCACCCAUGCCUUAUGUGAAAUGGAUGCUGGGCUCGGAGGACUUGACCCCGGAGGAUGACAUGCCCAUUGGGCGAAACGUCCUGGAGCUCACGAAUGUUUACCAGUCAGCCAACUACACCUGCGUAGCCAUGUCCACGCUGGGUGUCAUCGAAGCAGUGGCACAGAUUACAGUCAAAGCCCUUCCCAAGCCACCAGGUGUUCCUGUGGUAACAGAACGCACAGCAACCAGCAUCACCCUCACAUGGGACUCUGGGAACCCGGAGCCAGUUUCCUAUUACAUCAUUCAACACAAAUCAAAAUAUUCAGAAGACUCCUAUAAAGAGAUUGAUGGUGUAGCCACCACUCGCUACAGUGUGGGGGGCCUGAGUCCAUACUCCGACUAUGAAUUCCGUGUGCUCGCGGUGAACAACAUCGGUCGUGGACCCUCAAGCGAAGCAAUAGAGGCCAAAACGGCUGAGCAGGCACCCAGCACAGCUCCUCGCCAAGUCCGAGGCCGUAUGCUAAGUGCUACAACAGCUAUUAUCCACUGGGAAGAACCCGAGGAGGCUAACGGUCAGAUCAUGGGCUACAGGGUGUACUACACCAUGGAUCCAAGUCAGCACGUCAAUCAGUGGGAAAAACAGAUUGUUCGGAAUGCUAACUUUCUAACUAUUCAAGGCUUGACACCUAAUAAGACUUAUUAUAUCAAGGUUUUGGCAUACACAUCUGUAGGAGAUGGACCUCUCUCCUCUGACCUGCAGAUCAUAGCCAAAACUGGAGUUCCAUCUCAGCCGACAGACUUCAAAGCUGAAGCCAAAUCUGAGACGAGUAUCCUGUUGUCAUGGGUCGCUCCUCCACAGAGCGGACAGGACAGUCAAAUCACUGGAUACGAACUACUUUACAAGAGAAAAGACGAGAAGGAGGAGAAACGUGUGAGCUUCGAACCCACCACCACCUACCUCCUGAAGGAUCUGAGACCCUUCACCACAUAUACGUUCCAGCUGGCAGCUCGGAGCAAGCAUGGCACUGGUGCCUACACCAAUGAGAUCUCAGCAGAAACACCUCAGACACAGCCCUCAGCCCCACCUAAGGAAGUUACAUGUUUUAGCUCUAGUUCUACCAGUAUCCUGGUAAGUUGGAAGCCACCUCCUGUGGAGCACCAGAAUGGGAUCAUUACCAAAUACACCAUUCAGUACGCUGCUACAGAGGGGGAAGACACCUCAUUAAAGGAGAUCAAGGAAAUUCUGCCAGAAAAGUCACAAUACCUUCUGGAAAACUUGGAAAAAUGGACGGAAUACCGUGUGACAGUUACGGCUCAUACAGAUGUUGGAGAAGGGCCGGAAAGCCUACCGCAACUCAUCCGUACAGAGGAGGAUGUUCCCAGUGGCCCACCUCGUAAAGUUGAGGUGGAGGCUGUCAACUCCUCGUCUGUUAAAGUGCUGUGGCGAUCGCCGGUGCUCAACAGACAUCACGGGCAAAUUCGUGGCUACCAGGUGCAUUAUAUCAGGAUGCUUAAUGGGGAACCAGUGGGCCAUUCUGCCAUCAAGGACAUCUUGAUUGAUGAUGCUCAGUGGGAGUAUGAUGAUUCAACUGAAUAUGAAAUGAUCCUGACAGAUUUGCAGGCAGAGACCACUUAUUCAGUUACAGUGGCUGCCUAUACGACAAAAGGCGAUGGAGCUCGCAGUAAGCCCAAAGUGGUCACGACCAUGGGUGCAGUCCCAGAAAAGCCUCGGCUGAUGGUCAGUCCCACUAACAUGGGCACAGCUUUGCUCCAAUGGCACCCUCCCCCAAAUACACAUGGGCCACUCCAGGGCUACCGGCUCCGCUUUGGACGCAAAGAUGUAGAGCCCCUGACAGUCAUUGAAUUCUCAGAGCGAGAGAACCACUACACCACUAAAGAAAUUCACAAGGGAGCAUCCUAUAUUUUCCGCCUAUCAGCUCGCAACAAGGUGGGCUUUGGCGAGGAAACGUUUAAAGAGAUUACAACCCCUGAGGACAAACCCUCUGGCUUCCCACAAGGUAUCAUGGCUGAAAGCGCCACUACAACUACCAUUCAGGUCACCUGGCAGCCCAUGUUACUGGCAGAGCGCAAUGGCAUUAUUAUCAAAUAUGCCCUUCAAUACAAAGACAUCAAUAGUCCUAGAAGUCCAUCUGAGCUGUUCAUCACUGCCCCUGAGUCCACCGUGAACCUGGAUGGUCUUAGAGCCGACACUACUUAUGAUAUCAAAAUGUGUGCCUUCACCAGCAAGGGUCCUGGGCCUUAUAGCCCUAGCAUCCAGUUCAGAACUCAACCACUUGAUCAAGCAGUGUUUGCAAAAAAUUUUCAUGUGAAAGCUGCCAUGAAGACCUCAGUGCUGCUUACAUGGGAGAUUCCAGACAACUACAAUCCUGCACAACCAUUCACAAUUCUGUAUGAUAAUGGCCAGAGUGUAGAGGUGGAUGGGAAACUGACCCAGAAGUUGAUUACAAAUCUGCAGCCAGAAACACAAUACUCUUUCCUCCUGACAAACCGGGGGAACAGUGCCGGCGGUCUGCAGCACCGCGUCUCCACCAUGACUGCCCCGGACAUCCUGCGCACCAAACCGUACUUAAUCGGCAAGACCAACUCAGACGGCAUGGUCACUGUGGAAAUGCCCUCUGUACAUACCACUGAGAAAGUCAGGGGAUACUACAUUGUGGUGGUUCCUCUGAAGAAACAGCGCCCUGGGAAGUUUAUCAAACCCUGGGACAGCCCAGACGAGAUGAACCUGGAGGAGCUUCUGAGAGAGAUAAACCGGACGAGUGGAGGUGUGCGUUUCCGAAGGCAGGCCGAGCUUAAACCCUACAUUGCGGCGUUCUUCAAAGAGCUGCCUACCGAGUUCACGCUCGGAGACAACAAGAUAUACGGAGACUUUGAGAACAAGCAGCUGCUCAACGGACAUGAAUACAUCUUCUUUGUUCUUGCCGUGUUGGAGAUCUCCGAAAAUACCAUGUACGCCACGAGUCCGUACUCUGACCCGGUGGUUUUGGCUGAUAUUGACCCCCAGCCUAUCAUCGAUGAAGAGGAAGGCCUAAUCUGGGUCGUGGGUCCUGUCCUGGCUGUAGUCUUCAUCAUCUGCAUAGUCAUUGCUAUUCUCCUGUACAAAAGGAAAAGAGCCGAGUCAGAGGCUAGGAAAGGCAGUUUACCCAACAGUAAGGAAAUGCCGUCCCAUCAUCCAACAGAUCCAGUGGAGCUACGACGUCUUAACUUCCAAACUCCUGGUUCCGGUGCCUCCGGUUACCCCAGUAACCUCCAUCUGUCAAGUAUGGCGAACCACCCGCCGAUUCCCAUCAUGGAAUUAGCAGACCACCUGGAGAGACUCAAAGCUAAUGACAACCUGAAGUUCUCACAAGAAUAUGAGUCUAUAGAUCCAGGCCAGCAGUUCACAUGGGAGCACUCGAACCUGGAGGUGAACAAAGCCAAGAACCGAUAUGCCAAUGUCAUCGCCUACGACCACUCCAGAGUGCUGCUCUCCUCCAUCGACGGCAUUCCAGGGAGUGACUACAUCAACGCCAACUACAUUGACGGGUACAGAAAGCAGAACGCGUACAUCGCCACUCAGGGCUCGCUGCCCGAGACCUUCGGAGAAUUCUGGAGGAUGAUCUGGGAGCAGCGCAGUGCUAACAUCGUAAUGAUGACCAAGCUGGAGGAGCGCUCAAGGGUGAAGUGUGACCAGUACUGGCCCAACAGGGGGUCAGAAACAUACGGCCUGAUCCAGGUGACGCUGCUGGACACAGUGGAACUGGCCACCUACUGCGUCAGGACCUUCGCACUGUAUAAAAGUGGCUGUAGUGAGAAGAGGGAAGUGAGACAGUUCCAGUUUACAGCGUGGCCUGAUCAUGGUGUUCCUGAACACCCCACACCAUUCCUGGCCUUCCUGCGCAGGGUUAAAGCCUGUAACCCCCCAGACGCAGGGCCGAUGGUGGUGCACUGCAGCGCCGGCGUGGGUCGAACAGGCUGCUUCAUCGUGAUCGACGCCAUGUUGGAGCGGAUCAAGCACGAGAAGACGGUGGACAUUUACGGCCACGUGACGCUGAUGCGCGCACAGAGAAACUACAUGGUGCAGACAGAGGACCAGUACGUGUUCAUCCACGAUGCUCUGCUGGAGGCCGUGACCUGCGGCAACACGGAGGUCCCUGCUCGCAACCUUUACGCCUACAUCCAGAAACUCACUCACAUCGAGACGGGAGAGAACGUCACGGGCAUGGAGCUGGAGUUUAAGCGUUUGGCCAACACAAAGGCUCACACGUCACGCUUCAUCAGUGCCAACCUGCCCUGCAACAAGUUCAAGAAUCGACUGGUCAACAUCAUGCCAUACGAGUCAACACGAGUAUGUCUGCAGCCCAUCAGAGGCGUGGAGGGAUCCGAUUACAUCAACGCCAGCUUCAUCGAUGGAUACCGGCAGCAGAAGGCUUACAUCGCCACACAGGGCCCUUUGGCUGAGACCACAGAAGAUUUCUGGAGGAUGCUGUGGGAGCACAACUCCACCAUUGUGGUGAUGCUUACUAAACUCAGAGAGAUGGGCAGGGAAAAAUGCCAUCAGUACUGGCCAGCAGAGCGCUCUGCCCGGUAUCAGUACUUCGUAGUGGACCCCAUGGCCGAGUACAACAUGCCUCAGUACAUCCUACGAGAGUUUAAAGUCACCGACGCCAGGGACGGUCAGUCCCGGACGGUGCGACAGUUCCAGUUCACGGACUGGCCCGAGCAGGGCGUGCCCAAAUCAGGAGAGGGAUUUAUCGACUUCAUCGGCCAAGUGCACAAAACAAAGGAGCAGUUCGGCCAGGAUGGACCAAUCACAGUGCACUGCAGCGCGGGUGUCGGGAGGACAGGAGUCUUCAUCACUCUCAGUAUUGUUCUGGAGAGGAUGAGGUAUGAAGGAGUAGUGGACAUCUUUCAGACGGUCAAGAUGCUGAGGACACAGAGACCAGCCAUGGUACAGACAGAGGAUCAAUACCAGUUCUGCUACCGUGCUGGUUUGGAAUAUCUGGGAAGCUUCGAUCACUAUGCAACGUAAGAGCCUGCUUCACCCCCGAGGAGAGCCGAAGGCCGUCCAGAGGUCACUUCUUCUGAGCCAUAAAAUUCCUGAUUGUGAAAAGUACUUCUUAAAACUCCUAGUCCAAGACAUGAUUCGUUUGUUGGGUGUGGAAAAAAAAAAAAAAAAAAAAAAAAAAGCAAAACAAAAGACAAACAUAUGAAAUACCAGGUGGACCAAGACCCCCCCCCCCCCCAUCCUUUCCCCCCUUUCCCUCCAAAGUCCAAUAACUUCCCACUCCCGAAUUGCAGACGUGGAUUCCGAACUGCCGAAGCAUCACGCUGCUUCCAAGGAUACGUCUCGGAUUGACGAAAACAAAUAAUAAACAAAACAAAAAAAAAAAAACUAAGACAAAACAAAACCAGACAACAACAAGGUACUGCAUUAAAACGAACAAGUCGUCGUGGACCGCGUUGUAAAGAGACAAACGAUUAACGAGGAGGGACGUCUCAUCUCAUCGACGGAGAAAAGAAUCGAUCGGUGAAGAAAAAAAAUAAAUAACGAAACACAAACGGACGUAUGUAAUAGUAAUAAUAAAACCCCUAUCUUGUCCCAAUGUUUGUCCUUCAGUUAGGGGGAGUGUACAAACACCAGACGAAUAAAGAAGUUAUUGAUUUAGUUUUUUAGUACUUUAUUACUCGACUGAGCGGUAAUUCAUUUUGAAACUAUGUGAAUUUUUUUCUUUUUCUUUAUUUUUUUUUUUUUAAAUACAGGUAAUCACUCAACGUUAGUCCGACCCGAGUAUUAUCUCACUCUCUUUCCAUUCAUGUUAUUAUUAUUUUUUUUUAAACUGUUUUAAUGUAUACGCGUAUACCUGUACAUCUUCUGUUUUGUUUUUCCCUCCUUCUCUAUAUUUUUGUUAUUGUUGUUGUUGUUGUUUUUGUCAUAUAUGGCACUUGCUGUGGUCCUGUAUUAACUCUGACUGAAUGGUAGACUUUGAUACAGGCUAUUAUCUGUCCAUGGUCACAUACACAACCGUCUAUAGUUCGUAUUUUUCGGGGACUCCGUGGAAUCAAAAGGGGAGGCACAGUAUGAAGUUGCUGCUACAGAAUAUCUUAGUUCUUCCAUGUUUAACAGACGAGCCUCCAAAACGAGAGAGAGAGAGAGUAAAAUAUCUAUCGUUAUAAAUAUAGAAAUAUAUAUAAACAGAAUAAAGACAGCAGCUCAUAUAGGAAUAUAUAAUGUAUAUAUAAUAAUGAAAGAUUUAUUAGAGAAUUAUUAAUAAUGUACAAAAAGAUAUCAUAAAUAUAUAAGUAUGAAUAUAUACGUAUAGGAGAGAGAUAAAAUGCUACAUGAAAGUUUCCACAAUGAAAUUUUGUCCUUUUUUGAAGGGGAAAUGAAGAGAUCGUUCACUGGAAUGCACAUCGGUAGAUAAAAACGAAAUCGUAUUUCAAUUCAGUGCAUCUUUUCUUGUGCAAUAAAUAGGUGUAUUAUAGAUUCUUAUAUAUAGAGUCAGGUCGGGGGAGGGAUCGGGGCUGGGACGGGGACCGGUGUAAGUCGUGAUGCCCGGAUGCAUUUCAUGUACACGUCUCUCUCAUCGAGGUCAAAGGUCAAAGUGGCGAAGCGGUGCCGCAGUCAUCUCAUUAUAUAUAUAGGGCAAAGACAUCAUUAUUAUUUGAUUUGAUUUGAUUUGAUUUUUUUCCGUUUUUUGCAUUUAGAGUGCCUUAUAUUUAUGCCUGUUCUCUUUUUUAUAAAUACUAUUCAUUUAACAUGUACUGUUUUGAGUAGUCCAGUAUUUAUCUAUCAUAUUAUCACUCAUUUUAAUUUCCAUUAUCUGAGAUUAUAUAUGCAAAUAAUGUCCAUCGGUCCUGUUUUAUUUUCGGAGGCCUUAAUCCGGCUCAGCGAACGAACGAACGAACGAAUCAAAAGUGAAUCAGUACGUUUGAAUCACUACGUGACCGUCGUGUAUUCUGCUCCGUACACGCAGCUUAGUCGCAGCAGCAGGAAGUCAGACGUGUGGUUGUUUUGUUUUGUUUUUUUUUAAAUGACGAGCUGUUUUUUGUUCUCGCUAGUUCCGUUUGUCCGAAGACGAAACCCUGACAAUGAACCGAUUCGGGACGGACUCUUGUAGACUCAAACCAAAAUGGGAACCUUUCUGUCUUUUUAUCACAUACAGGACAUUAUGAAACGAGGGAAAAUUUGCUAACUAGAAAAAAAAUCAAGAAUGAAAGGAAGAAAGAAAUUUGUCAGAUACUUGUCAGUGGUGAGGGUUGGGGUUAAUGCUCCUAAGUUUCAUCCGAUUUCUUUGCUGUGAGAUGAACUGAGCUAGCUUCGUUAAUCUCGACAAUCUUGUAAAUUACUAAGCGAUGGACCUGCGACCGUCUUUUUCUCGUCUGACACACGGGACAUGAUAUUCGAGCAUUUUAUUUUUCUUUAUCUUCGGGCUUGUGGAUGUGCAUUCCAGGUGCUUUCUUUCCCUUGUCUCAUUUCAAACCGUAUUUUUUUUGUUUGUUUGUUUGCUUGUUUGUUUGUCGUUUAAAUCUUUCGCAUCGUCGUGACAGCCACCAAGCUACAAAGUGCUAUUAUUUAGCUUUACAUCCAUGUCAGCGCCACCUAGUGAUCAUCGAUAAGUAUUUUCACUGACGUCUGUGUUCAAAAAGAUUUUUUUUCUUUUUUUUUCAUCUUCAACCUUAUUUCAAUAUGCAUGGGAAGCUUCUCAGAUGGCCGACGGAGGCCUGGUAGGAAGAAUUGCACUUUCUCUAUCUUUGUACUAUGCACUGCCCUAUUGAUUCUAUACCCAAUAAUGUAUUACUUGAAAGCAUCUGUAAGAAAUUCUCCUUCAGCGUUCAUGUUGUGUGUAUGUAAAUAACACAAACUGGUGGGGUUUGGGGGGGGGGGGAAUGAGGUGUCAAAUUUAAAUUGUCUGUGGCAAAAAAAAAGAAAAAAAAAAAGAAACUACAAAACAAUGCCAUCCUUUCUGGUGCCAUGGGAUCUUCAGCAGGAGAUUUAUUUUAUUUUUGUUUUUUUUGACCCCCUCAUAGGUUUUUUCAAGACCAGUGUCAUAAACGAAAUCAACAUGGUGUUCUCUGCACUCUCUCUCUCUCUCUCUCUCUCUCUCUCUCUCUCUCUCUCUCUCUCUCUCUCUCUCUCUCUCUCUCUGUCUAUUUCACGUCUGGAUGCAUAGAUUGAAAUUAAUGAAUUCAACUGUAAAAGAAAAAAAAAGGCUUGUUAAAAGAAUCAUAAAAAAAAUUACCUCUGA